AAUUGCUUAAGAAUUAACCCGAGUCGAAAACUCUGUCAAAGCUUUCCACGAAGAACUUACAAACACCAAAGAAAAAAUAAAAAAGUUACAAAUGAACCGGCCCUUCUAUUUAUAGGAGAAUGCAAAGAUUCUUGAGGAAGCUUUGCAAAUAAUAUUUGGCCUCGGAUUUCGUGCCCAGAUCGCCAUACAAACUUCUUUGAUCGUGAUAUGGCUGCCUCGGAGAACAGUGCACCACUUUGCCGGAUCACGAUUUGGGUCCGUGAAAGUUUGGGUCACCAUCUGUAAUGAGACCCCAGAUCCCGAUCAUGCAAAAGGGUAUCGCUAUCUGGGUCCGUGAAGAUUUGAUGCUCUCCGUGUAUUGAGACCCCAUAUCGCGAUCAUUCAAAAGUGGAUCGCGAUCUGGGUCCUUCUUUACCACUUUUUGACUUGAAAAUCGGUUUUGCUUUCAAAUCGUUUUGAAUUGGCAAAAAUAGUUUUUCUUACGUAGAACUGAAAUAAAAAUAAAGCCGAAAACUCGGACGAAAGAAGACCAAAACUCGAGGAUUAGAUAUGUAAAAAGUGUGCAAAACGAACACUUAUUAGAUCCCUAUUUUUGUGCACAAUGAUUUACUUAUAUAACGGCCAAGACUUGGUAAAAGGCCGGAGAUUACUUGUGCAGUUCAAACUUCAUUUCACUAUAGAUCCGUGGCCCAGACAGUCGUCCAAAUUGCAGUGUAAAUUCUCGGACGACCAUCUGAGAAUGCGUGUUUUGAUUCUCCUCUUGAUUGGCUCGGACGAUCGUCUCAAGUUUGAAGGCAUUAUUGAGAUGGUCGUCUCAAAAUGCGUGCUUUCUUCUGCACUUCUUCUUAAUCCGCACGGUUGUCUGGUUUUACAGUUUAUAUAUGGGACGGCUGUCCGAAGCUCUUUGUAGUCAACUUUGGCCGGUUUUUCAAUUCUUGCCCGUUUUUUAUCCGUUUUUUUACCGAUUUUUCUUCCAAACGUCCGAUUUCUCAACUCGCACCUAUAUAGAACAAGUCAUUAAGCACUAUAAACUCAAUAAAAUAUAACAAAAAAUCUUGUAAGAGAAAGUAAUUCGAGUGUAAAAUCUAGAUUCAACAGGUUCCUUUCAUUACAUUUUUUCUCAUCCCACUCUCACAAAAAAAUUGUAACUAAAGAUAUUAAAUUUGGAGAUUUUCAGAAAACAUAAAACCGAAAAGAAAAAGAAAUCAAACAAAAAGGAAUAAAAAGAGCAAACGCACAAACCAACAAGGAAUGAAUGAAGAAAAUAAAAACAACAGCAAAUACACGCGCGGCAAACAAAUGAAAGAAAAAAAGCAAGAUGUUUUCCCCUCUUUCUGUUUUCAUAAUUUCUAAGGUUCGUUUCAUUCUGCAAUUAAAAAUGUCAUACUAUAAGAAGACAAGCACAGAAUUGACUUAUCUACAGAAGGAAAAUCUCUAGUUAGAAGUGAAGCAAGAUUCUUUAUCUGUUUCAUGGUAUGCGUUUUCCAGUCGUUUCAUCGGGUCCCAACCUCAGCAAUGUGUGUCGUAAAUUAAAGGAUUCGUCGUCAAGCGGCAGAUGGAAAGAGGUCCUUUCUCACUACAGAGAGAUAAAACAAUCAGAUGUUCAACUUGUAGAUCAUACGAUUUUCUCUCAUGUUCUUAAAGCUUGUUUAGCUCUGUCGUUUGGAUUCGGAAAGUCCGUUCACUCGUCCGUGAUCAAGCAGGGAUUCGAAUCUUUCACUUCGGUGGGAAAUUCAGUAAUGAACUUCUAUGCAAAAUCGGGAGCAUUGAGCUCUACGCGGGAUGUUUUUAACUGCAUGAAAACGAAAGAUUCCGUUUCUUGGAAUAUAAUUCUUCAUGCGCUUUUCAAUGAAGGUGCUUUUGUGGAAGGAUUCGAUUUGUUUAUUCAAGCUAGAGAAGAUGGCUUCGAACCGAACGUUUCUACGUUGCUGCUCGUAAUUCAGGCGUAUCGCAGUCUUGGAGCUUUUAACGACGGUGAGAGAUUUCAUGGUUACUUGAUUCAAAGUGGGUUGUGGAGCCUGACUUCAGUACAAAAUUCUCUUUUGAGUAUGUACACAGACAUUGGGAUGCAUUUCGCAGAGAACCUGUUCGAUGAAAUUCACGAGAGAGAUGUAAUUUCAUGGAGUGUGAUGAUAAGAGGUUACGUGCAAUGUGAUGAUGCUAUAUGUGGUUUAGAAUCGUUUAAACAGAUGGUAUCGGAGUUUGGUGUUGAAGCCGAUGGGCAAACCAUGGUUAGUGUACUCAAAGGUUGCACGAAUUUAGCUGACGUCAAAAUGGGGAAAUUAAUCCAUAGCUUUAUAAUCUCGAGAGGUUUAAAUUACGAUUUGUUUAUAGGGAACACUCUGGUUGAUUUCUAUUGCAAAUGCGGGGACGUCGAUUCUGCCGUUCUGGCAUUCACGGAGAUGCCUUGUAAGAACAUAGUAUCAUGGAAUUCUCUGCUGUCUGGAUUUGUUCAUAACGAGAACCAUGCAGAAGCAUUAAGGUUGUUUGGUUUGAUGAAAACGUCGGGACUCGAUUCUGACGAGGUGACCCUAGUUAACCUACUUUCGUUGUGCAAAUUCUUGGGAGAUCUCCGUCAAUGCAAGUUGAUUCAUUCUAGAGUAAUGCGGAAAGGUUUUGAAUCGAACGAUUUGGCCGUUAAUUCUUUGAUUGACGUAUAUGCGAAAUGCAACGAGAUCGACGUUUCUUGGAAACUGUUCUGCCAAAUAAAAAGACCCGAUAUUGUUACGUGGAGUACGAUGAUAUCUGGUUUUACGUACUGCGGCAUGCCCGAUGAAGCAAUUUCUCUUUAUCAAGAAAUGUUUCUCUCACUAGAAAACCCAAACACCGUUACACUUAUAAACCUUCUCGAGGCUUGUGGGGUCUCUGCCGAAGUUGGUCAAUCAAAAUGGGCCCACGCAGUCGCUAUCCGAAUGGGAUUGGCAUCAGACGUUGUAGUCGGCACUGCAAUACUCGACAUGUACUCGAAAUGCGGGGACGUAAAAGCAUCCAAAAGGGCAUUCGACCAAAUUUCGACGAAAAACAUCGUCUCGUGGAGCGCAAUUAUCGCUGCGUACGGUCUGAACGGCCACCCGCGUGUCGCUCUAGCAUUGCUCUCCGAAAUGGAAGCUAACGGUUUGAAGCCCAAUUCGGUGACGAUUCUCUCCGUUUUAUCCGCGUGCUGUCAUGGAGGAUUGAUCGAGGAGGGACUCUCCGUGUUCAAAGAUAUGGCAAAGAAUCAUAAAUCGGAGCUGAAGUUAGAACAUUACUCGUGCCUUGUGGAUUUAUUGGCUAGAUCCGGAAACGUUAACGAUGCGUUGGAAUUGAUUAAGUGUAUUCCUUUCGGCAUGAAGGCGGGCCCGAGUGCAUGGGGUGCAGUCUUGAGUGCGUGUAGGAACUACGAAGAUCGAGAAGUGAGUGUAGGUGCAGUUUCUCGGGUUCUUGAAAUGGAGCCGUCGAGCUCUGCUGGUUAUUUACUUGCGUCGAAUGUGUACGCUUCUAUGGGUUCGUGGAACGAUGCCUCGGGUAUGAGGUGUUUGAUGAAGGAACGAGGUGUGGAAGUGGUGUGUGGUUAUAGUUUGGUUCGUGUGAAUAACAAAGCGUGUACUUUUACUGCGGGGGAUAAGUAUCACCCUUUGUCGCAUACGUUCGGCCCUGUCGUCGAGCAGUUACACUCGUGUAUGAAGAUGGAUACGGGAGCAAGACUACCGUUUUAGUUAUAGAUAUGGUUCGUAAUAGUGUUGAUAUACUCUCUAUCACGUAUUUGGGUUCAGAAAAUAAUCGAAGCAGUAGGUUUUGUCAACAUCAACGCGAACUAAAAUGGCUUCAAUUGAACGAAAACGAAAAACGAACAUUUGGUAGUUGGCUGAUCAACUUCAACUUGCCUGGUUAGUUUAUAAUAUAAUGGGCAUAUUGUACAUUGCCCCCUAUAAAUUUCUAAUUUUCACACGAUACCCCCUCAAAAUUUUAAAAAGUGAAUGCCCACCUUCCAAAUGUUAUUCUUUUUGCACAUUGCCUCGAUAGCGAAAUUUCGAUGGAUUAUUCAUCGGAAUUGAGUAUGUUUGUUGCACGUUGCCCCUUUAAAAGUUAUUUUGUUGCACGUUGCUCCUUAAAAUUGUUAGUUUUUUGCCUGUUUAAAAUAUUUUUGUUUUGCACGACGCCCACCACAAAUUUGCUUUUGGGGCAAAGUGCCACCAAAAUAAUAUUUCGAAGGGGGAUUAUCCAUUUUUUUAAUUUUUAAUGGAAAAAAUGCCAAAAUGAGAAAUUUAUAGGGUCGAAGUACAUUUUGUCCUAAUAUAAUAUGAUAAUAAUAAAAAUAUUCCCUGUUUUAAUUAAUCGUCACGCUUGACCAGUUGUGUUUGUUAAUCUUUCUUUAGCUCGUUGACACUGAUACAUGAUGUACUUGAAAUGAUUACAGAUCUUCAUCUAAUGUAGGCAGGUUGUCACAGCUGAAGUAAACCAUUUGAAUUUUGGACUAAGGAAUUUUACGAAUCUUAUGCAACAAAUUUCGAAACAUCAAAAUCCUGCUCUUUUGUUGGACCAUUUCUCGAACCGCAGGAUUACUUGCUAGUUGUAACUCUCUCCACUAGUACUCUUGGCAUAUACAAUAACUAAGUGUAGGUGCUUCAUUGGAAAAGGUAUACGACAUUUUACGUUUUCGUUAUGUUUUUUGUGUUAUACCAAAUUGUUCGUACAAUGUAUCUUAAGUUUAAAUUAAAUACUCUGGCUUUGCAGAUCCGAUAAGAAAGUUAUAAUCUAAUCGAGAAAACCAUCACCA